CGGCUGAGUAGUUACAUGAAAAGGAUUCAAGGAUAACCGUUUUGUAAGCUUGAUAAUGGAUUAGCCACGAUGACAAUAUGCUUACUGGGUCUGGAAACGACAAUUGUGAUUCACCACGGGGAUGACGCCAUUGUGAUACGUAUUCUCAAAACAGAAGUGUUCGCCAUUUUGGCAUAGAGCGUACGUCAGUACAGUGAGAACUCAAUGUGCCUGUGGCUGCCGGCUGUUUGGUCGAUUUCAAUUCUGUGUCUUGUCAUUGGGUUUGUGACCCACGAUGUGCGAGGCAGUCGCACUUCAUGACUUUGAUGGGACCGAUGCCGGUGACUUGCCUUUCAAGAAAGGAACCAUCUUGAAAGUGUUCGGGCCUGCCCAAUCCAAGGGCUGGCUUAGAGCUGAAAUGGACGGCAAGGACGGCACGAUACCAUCGAAUUACGUCCAAUUAAAGGAAAACGAAUUCAUGGCACCUGGGGUUACGCGACAGGGCGCCGAGGAAGAACUACUCAAGAAUAAUGAUUACGACGGUGCCUUUCUCAUCCGGGAAAGCGAAAGCACACCGGGCGACUACUCACUGUCUGUCAAGUAUGGGGAGAGUGUUCAGCAUAUGAAGGUCUUGAGAGACGGAGCAGGCAAGUACUUUCUUUGGGUCGUCAAGUUUAACUCACUGAAUCAAUUGGUGGACUACCACAGAACCUCAUCCGUAAGCCGCACGCAAACGAUAUAUCUGAAAGACCGAUCAAAGUCAUCUGCAGGACUCCAUGUGGAAGCUGCAUACGACUUCGCUGCCAAGGAAGAUGGCGAAAUCUCAUUCAAGGGAGACAGGAUUAAGGUUACUGACAAGAUUGACCCGAACUGGUGGAGAGGCAUACUCGUAGGCACUGGGAAGGAGGGCAUGUUCCCAGUCCCAUAUGUCAAAGAGAUCACAAAAUAAAAACAGUAGCAGCAUAAUUUUGUAAACUUUAAUAUGCUUGUUUUCGUUUGACCCACGUCUCGGUUUGAAACUUUGUAAGUUGGCAGUUCUAGAUUAUUAUUGUCAUGUACGUAGGCAUGCUGGAAUAAUGUAAAGGUUACGGUUCUACGUUUUGGUGUUGUUUUCGGUGAUCUUUUCUAAAAGACCUAAAUGUUCAACAAAUCAGUUUACCGUUGUAUCAUUACUGUAGGGCGCUAGCGGAUUCCGGGCAAAGUGUGUGUGUGUGGGGAGGGGGGGGGGGGAGGAAUGCCUCUCAAAAUUCAGCUUCGUUUAAAAAGAAAAUGUAUCCAUCGGAUUAAAUGCUGUUAUCAACACAUCCCCAUUCUCUUCAAAGAUUCGUAGAAUAUUAAUUCAUAAAAAAAUAGGAAUAAAGGUAAAAGACGAGCGCCCCCUGGCGUCAAAAUAAUGUCCAUUCCUCCUAACAACAAAUCAUUGGUGCACAACUGUCCCCCCCCCCCAAAAAAAAAAAAUGGCCCCACGCUAAUCCUAUCGGUAAAGGGAAAGUCAGUUAUUUAUUGGAAGUCAACAAAACAAGCACAACAUCCAAGUAACUUGUAAGAGGGAUAUAAGCAGUUUAUUCUUUUUUUAUUAUUAUUGCGAUAACAAGGUUUGCACAUUUUGGUUCAUCAAUAUUAUAUCAAUAUUAAGCAUACACAUCUUUCCAUUGUUAAAAGUUGAAAUAAAAAGUCUGUGCAAGUAUUGCAUUAUUGAUUCUCACAGAAUGCCCA